UUGUCCUUGUGCACGUGUUUGAAUUAAAAUGCCACAAUUGUGUUUUUCUUGCAGACCAAAGGCUUCCCAACAUGUCAGAGGCGUAAGUUAUCUUUGCAUUUUAAUGCUACUAUCAACGUCUGUGGUUUUCUUUGUUGCAUAAAUCAUAUUUCUUUCACCCCUCGAUGUCCUCAACAGACCGAGAAAAUCCAAGAUUUCUGCAUCUCGCAGACUGACCCUUAAGACCAAACUGCUGAAGAUGGCAAGUGCCAUGCUGGAGAAGGAGAAGGAGCAAAAGCGUCAGGAGCGAGAAUCUGCCUUGAGUGAGAGAGUUCCCCUGCUCCAGCUGUCUGGGCUGUCAGUGCAGGACCUUCAGGCUCUGUGCAAAGAACUGCACCACAAAAUCGACGUGGUUGACGAAGAGCGCUAUGACAUCGACGCCAAGGUGUCCAAGAGCAACAAGGAGUUUGUAGAUCUGACCGCCAAGAUCUUUGAGCUGAAGGGCAAGAUGAAGCGACCAGCCCUGAAGAGGGUGAAGAUUUCGGCCGACGCCAUGCUGGGAGCUCUGCUGGGCUCCAAGGUGAAAGAGUCCGUGGACUUCAAGGCCAACCUCAAGACCGUGAAGAAAGAAGAGGAGAAGAAGGAGGAAGUGACUGACUGGCGUAAGAAUGUGGAGGCCAUGUCUGGUAUGGAGGGCAGGAAGAAGCUCUUUGAUGCGGGACAGUAG